UGCAGUACACUUGAAGAUAUUUUUUUUUUCUUUUUCCUCUGACUAAAAAAUAGAAUAAAUUAUUAUCUUUAUUUUUUUUUUCUCCUUUCUUUUGACACUUGACGCAAACAUUACAAAAAUAUUAAUGCCUCCUAAGAAAGGGAAAUCUCGUCAACAUUGGAAUAAAGUCGACUGGGAUUCAGCAUUCUCAACAAGUCCUACAGUUGUUAAUGCUACUCUUAAUUCUUUCACAAACGAAUUUGAAGUCACUCAACCAAAGCCAACUAGAUCUAACUUUGAUUUUAGUAGUCCUGAUCACUCACAGACCUGGAUUUAUAAUGAUCAACAAGGUUGGAAUACAGCACCAACAAAUGCUUUGAAUGAAUGGUCAACUGAAACGUUCGAUGAGAAUGUGAAUCAAGAUGUUCAUCCUGGAAGAUUUAGUACAAAGGAUACUUCAACUGCUACUUUCCGCUUAAAUAUGGAAAUUGAGGAUGAUCCUGUCUUUACAAAAGUCGUCGAUUAUACUUCCUUUCGUACACAAACUAUUAUUCCAGAAUAUGACGACAUUCUUAUAGCUGAUGAGUUAAAAGAUCCUGAAGAAUGGGAAAAUCGUCACUAUAGAGAUCCUUUACCUGGAAUACCUAUCAAUCAUGUUAAAUCUCCUUAUGAUAGUACGGAUCAGUAUUUAUAUACUCAUUUUGAGCUGAUGCGUCAAGAUUUUCUUAUUCCUCUUCAAAAGGCAGUAAAAGCUUAUAAAGAAACAUUGAACAGUAUAAAGAGUGAUGAUGUUGGUGAAGCAAUGGAAAUCUUAUCUUUUCAAAAGCCAUUCCGUUUAUAUGAACAUGUACAUUUAAACGCUAUUGUUUUUGGGAAUCGACAUCCUUUGUAUAGAAUCAGCUUUCGAUUACCUUAUUAUGUACGCGUGGAUUGGACUCAGUCAAAACGUUUGAUGCCAGGUUCAUUGGUUUUGUUAUCAAAAGAUAACUUUGAAAAGGAUUUAAAAAUCGCUACUAUCAUUGAAAGAGGUGAUAAGCCUAUGCGUGGUCCAAAUAGAUUUGAAUACAUGGUAGAUUUGUAUUUAGAGAGAGAUAAUGAAUUUGAGCCAUUAGGAUUUGGUGACCCUAGUCUAUCUAAUGAUGAUACUUAUGUCAUGCUUGAAGCAACUGAUGGCUAUUUUGAAGCUUAUCGUCAUGUCCUUAAUGUAUUCCAAAAGAUCGAUCCAGAUAAUUUACCCUUUUCACACUAUUUGGUAAAGCUAUCUAAUAAUGUUCUAGUUCCUCAUUAUGCAGCAAGAAAGAGAAUAUAUGAUAUCAAUCCUCAACCCAACAGUAGAAAUAAAGAACGUUGGACAGUAGACAUCAUGGAGGAUUGGCCUAUUUAUAAAAUGGGAAUGGAUAAAACUCAACUAGAUGCAUUGAAAACGAUUUUAUCCAAUAAUUUAUCAAUUGUUCAAGGUCCUCCUGGUACUGGUAAAACCUUUGUUGGUACGUAUGCUAUGCGUGUCCUUUUAAAUAAUUUUAGUCAAUCUUUGGGUCCUAUCAUAUGUAUCUGUCAAACAAAUCAUGCAUUGGACCAAUUCUUGGAACAUAUCCUUGAUCAUUGUGAUUCAAUUGUUCGCGUUGGAGGUCGAUCUAAAUCAGAGAGAUUAAAGGAACGUACGUUAUAUGAACUUAAAAAGGUACAUGAGCGACCUCGAGGUAUCGGUCGUUUAUAUCGUAAUCGAGACAACAUUGCAAAGGACAUAAGAGAAACAAUCAUUGAAUUAUAUGAAGAACCCUGUGUGACAAUCGAGUUUAUCAGCUCUAUCAAAGCUUUAAGGCCUCGACAAAUUGAAAGUUUAAAGAGAAUGAGUGAACGAGAAAAGGAUAGAAUUAUUCCUUCUAAUUUAUUAGGAAGCUUUGAUAUAGAUGAUAAUGAUUCUGACGACGAUUGGGAGAUUAGUUCUGAUAUACCCACUACAUCAGCGAGAAAUAAUAAAAAACCUACUGUUACUUCAAAGGACAAGAAAGUUAAAAAAUCAGCUUAUAACGAUUGGGCAGGUGGAAAUCCAAACCUAGAUAAUGAAUUGAAAAAGAAAUCCCCUAACCCCGUUGAAAUUUGGUUAAGAGAGGCCAUUGAUUAUGUGGAUGAUAAUGGAGAAAUGUCUACCGUUAGCGAUGAAAUAAAGCAGAAUUUUUUAGAACAAGAAAAGGGAUUAGUAUUUACAGACAUUAUAGAUGAAAGAGAAUUGAUUGAAAAAGAUGAAUUAGAGGACGUCAUAGGAGGCUUCCGUGGAGAUGAUAUUGACAUGAAGGAGAAUAAAAACCCAUUUAUUCAGAUUGGCAGAUCCUAUAAAAGACAAACUGAACCUGAAUUGGGUGAACGUCCAGAAAGGAAGAUUGUUAACUAUAAAAAAAUGAAAACAACUCAUGUCCUUCACACUCAACAGUUUAAUUUCUUUGAGGAUAGUAUUGAUGAAUUAACCUUGGAAGAGGAAAAUACCAAGUAUUCUCUGGAAAGAUGGAUGAAAGAAGACGAUCUCAGUAUGUGGCCUUUACCAGUUCGCUUAAAAGCCCAUAAAAAAUGGAUUGAUCAACGGAACGCCAUCUUGGAAGACAAAUUGAAUUCAAUGAUGAAACAAUAUCAUCAUAUUUCUACAGAAAUUCGUAAAGUAAUGGCGAAUUUCGAAGCUAAAAUUUGUAGGGAAAAUCGAGUUGUGGGCAUGACUAGUACUGCAGCUGCAAAAUAUCAUGACUUAUUAGAAGAAAUACGCCCAAGAGUUAUGGUUGUUGAAGAAGCAGCAGAAAUGUUGGAGUCACAUAUUAUUUCUGCCUUAACAGAUUCAUUAGAACAUCUGAUUUUGAUUGGUGAUCACCAACAGUUGAGACCUUCAACUGCUGUGCAUGAAUUAUCAGACAAUCAUGCCUUGGGAGUUUCUCUUUUUGAGCGUCUAGUCAUUAAUCAAUUUCCUUUUACAAGACUUUCGCAUCAACGACGUAUGCGACCUGAAAUUCGUUCACUUAUUGAUCCUAUUUAUAAAAAUCCUCCUCUAAAUGAUCAUCCUAACGUAUUAACCUUCCCACCUAUCCGUGGUAUGGAACAAUCUGUAUUCUUUUUAGCUCAUGAAGAAGAAGAGACUUGCAUGAGAGAUUCUGCUUCAAAGAUGAAUGAACAUGAAGCCAAAUUGACUGCUAAAUUAUCUACGUAUUUAUUACUUCAAGGUUAUAGUACAGAUGAAAUAACAAUUAUUACCAUGUAUUCUGGACAAAAACAAAUGAUUAAAAAGGCGCUCCGGGAUGAAAGACGACCCGACAUUGAUCCAGAGCUUAUUAAUAUAAGCAGUGUAGAUGGUUAUCAAGGCGAGGAAAACAAGAUUAUUAUCUUAUCACUUGUUCGUAGUAACUCAAUUGGACAGAUUGGUUUCUUAAAAGUUGCAAAUCGUGUCUGUGUUGCCCUAUCAAGAGCUCAACAUGGUAUGUAUAUUCUAGGUAAUGCAAGGCUAUUGUGUGAAAAAAGUGAUCUCUGGAAUGAAAUUGUUGGAAAUCUUGAAGAUAGAAAUGAGAAUAUGAUUGGCACUAAGCUCACAUUAAGAUGCUCUAAACAUAACGAAAAGACAGAAAUAAAAUGGCCUGUUGAUUUUACAGAAGUAUCAGAAGGAGGUUGUAGAAAAAUGUGUAAUGAAAUACUACCAUGUGGACAUAAAUGUACCUUAAAAUGUCAUCCUUAUGACCAUAGCGAUUAUAGAUGUAAACAAAUUUGUGAAAAAAUACUUGACUGUAAACAUAGCUGUAUGCGUCGUUGUUCUGAGCCAUGUAGCCCAUGUAUUAAAAGAAUAAGUGUUCGCCUCCCAUGUGGACAUACUAUUGACUGGGAAUGUGGAGAAAUUCGUCGUCUUGUCUUGGCACCACAAGGCCAGACUUGCCCUGUGUGUAAAGCACCUUUAUCGACAAAAUAAAAAAAAAAUAAAUAAAAUAAAAUCAAAUAAGCUUGCAUACAUAUGAUAUAAAUUUGCACUACUCAAAAGGGAAAUAAAAUAAACUAUUUAUUUGAUUGGCAGUAUC